UAAAAACUAUAACUCGGCUGCCUUGUGCUUUUUUAACUUAGGAUCAUUAAAUACGAUAGGUCACAUAUGUUAUAAACCAUCUUCAACUUCAACAUCAACUCGGUUGGUGCUCUUUCUCUUUGUGCAUGAAAACGCGUGUCUACUAGCUCUUCAAUUCCAAUAGAUUCUGGGCCUUGUUUCUGCUACCUUGAGUUCUGCCACUAGUCAAGCAGCUCUUUCCCUCUCUCUCUCUCUUACACACACACACACACUCUCUCUCUCUCUCUCUCUCUCUCUCUCAUCCUCAGAAUUCAUCAGAUCUUUGCCGCAGAUAUGAUCAGAUCACUAACCAGAGAGUUUAAGCUGAUCAGCUGCAAUGCUUUUCUCUGUAAGCGAGCAAGGCCCUUUUCAACGAGAGGCGCAGCUGGCCAUGGAAGGCUGCAAGGCAAGGUAGCCAUAAUAACAGGGUCAGCUAGCGGGCUUGGGAAAGCCACGGCCCACGAGUUCAUCCGACAUGGAGCACACGUCAUCGUUGCAGACUCAGAUUCUGAGCUGGGUCCACAAGUCGCCAAAGAGCUGGGGCCCGCAGCCCACUUUGUCCAAUGCGACGUUGCCGUUGAGUCCCAAAUAGCAGAAGCUGUAGAAACCGCCAUGGCUCGUCACGGAAAACUUGACAUAAUGUACAACAACGCGGGAAUAACAGGCCCAGCGUUCCCGCCCAGCAUCGUUGACCUGAACCUUGAGGAGUUUGACCGCGUGAUCCGGGUCAACGUGCGGGGCGCGGUUGCUGGGAUAAAGCAUGCGGCACGAGUCAUGAUACCUGCGGGCUCAGGCUCCAUACUGUGCACAUCCAGCAUAGCUGGGCUGUUGGGUGGGGUUGGGCCUCACCCCUAUUCGAUAUCGAAAUUUACGAUACCUGGCCUGGUCAAGUCACUGGCGAGCGAGCUGUGCCGAAACGGGAUCCGAGUCAAUUGCAUUUCGCCAAGUCCAAUCCCGACGUCAAUGGUGGUGCGGGAAAUAUGGAAGCUUUAUCCGGGGGCGCCGGAGGAUCAGGUUAAAGAGAUAGUGAAUGGGCUGGGAGAGCUCAAGGGUGCGAAGUGUGAGGAGAUAGAUGUGGCGCAAGCUGCGGUGUAUCUGGCAUCGGAUGAAGCAAAGUAUGUGACGGGUCAUAAUCUGGUGGUCGAUGGAGGCUUCACCAGCUUCAAAAGUCUUAGCUUCCCUCCUCCUCCGGGUCAAUCUGUGUAAUGUAAUGCUAGUAUAUGUCCAGAGUCUAGACUCCAAUUAGGUUUAGACUUGUUUUCGCAACAACGUACACAAUUACGCACAUGCAUGUUUCUUUGUUAUUUCAAGAAGCUGGAUUAUGUAUGUACUAUAUAAUAUCAGGUUGAUGAAUUGUUUCCCGGGGAACUAUAAAAUGGUGUAAGUACAUACGUGUGUCCAUAUGCACACACAUGAUUGAUCUAAGUACUACUGAUUGCAUCUU